CGUACGCCACCGGUGUUAUUGAGUAGAGGGAAAAAUAGUAAACAGCACCGCCCACUUUCUAUCUUUGUUUUUUUUAAAGUCCAUCGAUUUUUAAAUCGAUCAUGUAAUCAUUAACCAUGAUAGAUAAUAUGUACAGACAUUUCUACAGCUUUUAAGAAUUCCUCUAGAAUUAAUAUGGAAUGCGAUAAUCACCUGGACGCUUCUAAUACAACAGUUAUUAACAAUAUAGAUUCAGUUAAAAAGACACACACAGGUGAGAAAGGUUUACAUAGUGAAACGUUUACUAAACAAGGAUCAAUACAGGGAAAUAUUACAGAAUUUGUAUGCGAGAUUUGUAUGAAAACAUUCUGUUCUGAAAAUGAAGUCUUCAAACAUCAGGAGAUACAUGAUAGGAAGAAAUCAUUUCACUGUGGAAUGUGUGAGAAGGCCUUUGUAUCUAACAGUAAGUUGCUAAGACACGAAAGAAUACAUACUGGAGAAAAGCUAUUUCGCUGUGAAAUUUGUGGCAAAUCUUUUGUUAAUAACAGUGACUUAAAAACACACACAAGAAUACAUACUGGAGAAAAACCUUUCCGUUGCGAAUUAUGCGGGAAGUGUUUUGUUUCUAAUAGUAAAUUAAUAAGACAUACUAAAAUACACACUGGAGAGAAACAGUUUCACUGUGAUGUGUGUGGGAAGUCUUUUGUUAACAACAGUGAUUUAACAACUCACAGAAGAAUACAUACGGGAGAAAGACCUUUCUGUUGUGAAACGUGCGGCAAAUCUUUUGUUUCUAACAGUAAUUUAACAAGCCACAAAAGAAUACAUACGGGAGAGAAGUUCUUCCAUUGUGAAGUAUGUGGUAAAUCUUUUAUUAAGAAUUCGAAUCUUGUCGUCCAUAUACGUAGCCAUACUGGAGAAAAACCAUUUCACUGUGAAAUAUGUGGGAAAUAUUUUGUUGAUAAUAGUUAUCUAACAAAACAUAAAAUGAUACACACUGGAGAUAAACCCUUCCAGUGUGAUAUCUGUGGGAAAUCAUUUAUCACUAACAGUCUCUUGAAAAGACACUUAAUAAUACACACGGGCGAAAACCCGUUUCACUGUGAUGUUUGUGGGAAAUCGUUUUCUGUUAACUCUCAUCUUAUAGUUCAUCGACGUAGUCACACUGGAGAAAAACCGUAUCCUUGUGAAAUAUGUGGAAAAUCAUUUGUCGAUAAUAGUAAUUUAACGAGACACAGAAUAAUACACAGUGGAGACAAACCGUUUCAGUGUGAGUUAUGUGGAAAAUCCUUCUCAGAUAAUUCCAAUCUUCUAGUUCACAAACGUAGACACAGUGGAGAAAAAUUCUACCAUUGUGGAAUGUGUGGAAAGUCAUUUGUGACAAACAGUCACUUAAAAAGACACAAACAAAUACACACUGCUGCUUACUACAUAAGUGUUUUACCAUCUCAACAGACUAAUUGGUUCCAGUUAUUACACAGCUCUAUAAACUACGAAACUAAACCACCUGAUAUUAUUUCUCCUUGUUAUUUGGUCACAGAGUGUUACUAUGAUGGUAAAAUAUACCCUGUAGGACAGAUCUUUUCUUCCAUUUCGGGAGAGUGCACGUGCACUUUGGAUAAUGGGGUUCAAUGCAAUGACUUUAUGGCUACUAAACUACCAUCUGUUCAUGAAAGAAGAUCAGUACCACCCCCAGCCCCUGAGUGUUACUAUGAUGGUAAAAUGCACCCUGUAGGACAGACCUUUUCUUCCAUCUCAGGAGAGUGCACGUGCACUUUUGGUCAUGGGAUUCAAUGCAAGCAACCAGAGACAUUAGUUUUGAAGAAUUUAUCCAGAAUUAAUAUGGAAGAUGGUAAUGACUCGGACACUUUUGACAGUAUAGAUUCAGUUAAACAGACAUCCGGCGAUGAGAAACCAGCAUCACCCAGUAAGAAAACUUUAUCUCGUAAAGAACAGUCAUCAAAGAGAAAUCUUUAUUGUGAAAUAUGUGGAAAAUCAUUUACUUACAAUUUUUGCCUUAUUAUUCACAAACGUACUCACACUGGGGAAAAACCCUUCCACUGUGAUGUAUGUGGAAAAUCAUUUGCCGAUAAAAGUUGCUUACCGAGUCACAAAAGGAUUCACACUGGAGAAAAACCUUACCAUUGUGAUACAUGUGGGAAAUCUUUUGCUAGGAAUACUGCCUUAAAAAUUCACAAAACAAUUCACACUGGAGAAAAACCAUUCCAAUGUAAUAUGUGUGGAGAAUCGUUUAGCACCACUAAGUCUGUUCGAGUUCACAAAAGAAAACACAUUGAAGGAAGUCUCUAUAAUUGCCAGAUAUGUGGACAAUCUUUUUUGAUGAAGUCUCAUCUCGCUAAACACAAAACGAUACACACCGGAGAAAAACGGUUCCACUGUGAAAUCUGCGGAAUGUCAUUUGCCAUUAAGGGUUCUUUAACAAGUCACAAAAGGGUUCACACGGGAGAAAAACCUUUCUUUUGCGAUAUAUGUGAGAAAUAUUUCUACUGUAAGAGUAAUUUAACAAGGCACAAGCUACAACAUAUUGGGGAAAAGGCCUUUCACUGUGAUGUAUGUGGAAAAUCUUACUUUAAUAAUUGUGAUUUAAAAAGACAUAAAAGAAUUCAUGAUGGAGAAAAAACAUUUCACUGUGAAAUUUGUGGGAAAUCCUUCUUUGAUAAUUGUAAUCUUAUAGCCCACAUUCGUAGUCACACUGGAGAAAGGCCCUAUCAUUGUGAUGUCUGUGAGAAAUCGUUUACUUAUAAAAGUCACUUGAAUACGCAUAAACAAAAACACACUGGAGAUAGUCCCCUACUGUUGUGAAAUAUGUGGAGAAAUCAUUUGUCUGUCGUAGUAAUUAGAACAAAAACACAAUGGAGACAAUAUUGAAAUGAUUUGUUUGAAACAUUCUCUAGAAAUAGAAGCAAAAAGAACAAAUUACUGAGAAAUUUAAGUAAAAAUUUGUGAUAAAAUUUUUACUUUUUUCAGUCACUGAACUGCAACCUUGCUGGAGCCACCACCUUGCAGGGUUUAAUCAAACAAAUCAGCCCGAACUUAUUAUAUUAGUCAGUCUUUGCUGAACUGCUAAGUUACAUGGAUGUAAACAAAUUAACACUAGUCAAAUAAAGGAGGGUGACAAACACAAAGACACAAAUCCCUAAAAGGGAUGAAAGUGCUAAAUGAAUACACAUUGUUGAUUGGUUAAAAUUACCCAAAUACAACAACUUUAACACAAAAUAACUUCUAAAAUACAAAAUUUUAUCUAAAAUGUUGAAAGUAAACCGUGUUCAGCAUGAGAAAUUACACCAGUAUAUGAAGUUUCAAACUGUUUAGUUAAAAUAAUAAGUAAUUAAAUAAUCUGUGAGUGAAACUGAAGAGACCCCAAAACCCUUUGUGUUUCAGGCAUAAGGAAGGAAGCAGUCUGGGAAAUGUCCACUAAGCUUACACCAACAUUUGGAGAGUGGCUACUAACCUAACGCCAAGGAGUUUGAGUAACAGAAUCGGUGUAACUGGACAUUUCCUGGACUGCUCUCUUCUGGGGAUGAACCUUUGUGCCAGAAAUAUAAAGCUUUUUGUAAAACUUUCUUCAUUGUUAGAAGAUUUCCUUUUCUUUUCCUCCUUCAGAAGUACAAUGCUUCAAGCAAACUACAAUGUUCUUAUUCCAUUCUUCAUAUUUAAUCCUUCUGUUACCAUAUUUCUGUAGAAAUACAGACUUUGUUUUAAUUAAUUUUGAAAAUAAAGGAGAAUUUAAUGAUA